AUGUAUGUAUCUAAGGAAGGAAGCAACUUUGAUGGGGGCAGCCAAAUUUGUCGGUGGACCGCAAAUCGUGGAGUUGCGAGUCACGCUCGGGCAGACAGCAUCGAUGCCGUCGCCGCGGACGCGGCGGCGAGGCACACGGGCGCCGGCGUGGCGCGUCGGCAGGCCCACCACGAGCGGAUGCGCGACGAGCGCGCUCGGGAAGCGGCCGCGGGCAACGCGGAGCUUCCGCCGGAGGACGACGCGGUCGAGAUGGCGAGCGCCGCCCAGCUGCUGGACAGCGUGGCGGAGGUGGGCCCGAACUACAAUGCCCGUAAUUUUUAG